UUAAACUAAUUAUCGUCAGACGGUUGCACGGUUAUAAAAGUGCAGCCAACCGGCGAGAAACACUCAGUGCGAUCCUCAAUAUUCUAGGAACUAAUUUAUCGGCGCAAAUUGUAAUGCUAGCAAUGCGAUUUAUAUUACUCAUUCUAACGGCAGUCAAUGCGGCAUUGGCAACAAAUUACUGCGAUCCGAAGUUGUGCCGUUCGACACCACAUAUUGCUUGCGGACACGACGGCGCUUUUGCGACGCGCUGUAUAGAUGCGGAAGUAGUGAGACUCACAAAAAGACAAAGGGAUUUGAUUGUUCAAGCACACAAUAAAGUGCGCAAUCGCGUCGCUGGUGGCACGUCUGCUCUACAGCCGGCCUGUCGUAUGGCCACCAUGCAGUGGGAUGACGAAUUGGCCGCACUGGCAGAGUUAAAUGUGAAACAGUGCGAGAGCAGCCAUGACUGUCACAAUACGGAUACCUUUAAGUAUUCCGGUCAAAAUUUAGCAUGGAUAACCUACAAUGAUUCACCGAAUACAACCGAAAUGUCAUUAAAGUCAGUGCAUAUGUGGUCUGGUGAGAUCGAGAAUACCAAAAUGGAGCAUAUCAAUAAGUAUCCGAAUAAUUAUCAAGGCCCCGCAAUUGGUCAUUUCACCGUUAUGGUGGCUGAUCGUAAUAUUCGCGUAGGCUGUGCUGCUUCUACCUAUAUGGAUCCGGAUGAAUCACAAUAUGCAUUCCUAUUCGCUUGUAAUUAUGCAAAGACGAAUUUGAUCGGUUUUCCAAUGUACAAGAGUUGCUCCAGCGCUGCUUCGCUUUGUAAGACUGGCCGAAAUCGGCGUUACCGUAACCUUUGUUCGCCAUGGGAAAAAUAUUAAACUAUUAAUCAACGUAAUAUUUAUAUCAAUGCAAUUCUUAUUGCACUCUAAAUAAAAACUAAAUACAUGUCCAAUUAUACAAAAUAGUUAAUAAGUAUAUGUAUUUGUAUA